GCUAUUGCUGUUCUCGUCGCUGAACCACAACACCAACACCAACACCAACACUCCGACCACCUUUCUCGACCUCGGGCCACUCUUCUGAUUUUCGUUCUGCGAUCCGCAUCUGACUUUCCAUCCUGUGAUUUCUGCCAGCGAGCGCUUGCAAUCUUUGUUCCCCUUCCUGUCCUGUCCUUACAAAUCCAAAUCUACAACCAUGCGGUUACCUUCACGUCCGGUCGAUGCCGUCAUCGCUUCAGUCGUUCUAUUUCCACUUUUAUCUGCGGCUGUGAAUUUUGAUUGUGAACAUAUUCAAGCAGACGGAAAAGGAUUCAACCUCAAAUCCCUAGCUGGUCCCUAUACUUUAUCACACCAGGCCGAUGCAGGCAACAACUGGCUAAACACAACAUAUUCUAUCGACCUUUGCAGUCCGCUUAAGAAGAAGAAAGGUGGAGAUACGAAGACGGAUUGUCCGCUCAAUACUCAGAGUGAGUUUUGAAUACGAUUCUGAUCCCUGUGGUCUAAUACUAAAACACUUUCUAGUUUGCGCAGUUGAGCACCUUAUUCCAAAGGAUGACGAGACGAAGGGGGUACUUAAACAAACAUUUGCGAUAGUGGGCGACUUCCACGAGAAAGGGCGCGAUAUGGAUUCCAAGUUUCAUCUACUUUCAAAACAAGCCGGACACGAGGAUUCGAAGAAAGAAGGGAUUCUCCUUGAGUUUGGCGGAGGAUUAAGGACCGAGGAGACGCAGAAGCGAAAACAAAAGGCAAUCAUUGAAUUCAUAUGCGACAAAGCUCGGACUGGUUUGGAGGGGUUGAUCAGCGAAAGAGAUCUGUACGAGGAGAGUUUGACCAAGAGAGAAGAUGCCGCGACUACACCAAGUCUGAUAUUUGAGAGUUACGCGGCAGAUAAAUCAGACGCAUCUAUCGAUGUCCUGAGAUUGACCUGGAAGACAAAGGAGGCUUGUGAGGACGCAAAAGAGCAAAAAGAUGCAGAGAACCGUUCGCACUGGGGUUUCUUUACAUGGUUUGUCUUGAUGUAUGUACUUGAAACAUCCUAUGCAUUGCCUCGGUCGUUUUACUGACUUUAUUUCUACAGUGCAUUUUUGUCAACAGCAGCAUACUUGAUUUUCGGCUCAUGGCUCAACUACAACCGAUAUGGCGCACGAGGCUGGGACCUACUACCCCACGGAGACAUCAUUCGAGAUGUUCCAUACUUAGUCAAGGAUUUCUCGCGAAGAAUCGUGAACUCUAUACAAGGUGGAGGAAGUAGAGGCGGUUACGCAGCUGUAUGAAGGAAUUGAUUUGAGAGAAAAGGAAGCAUAAAUUAUAACUCCGCACGUCGCGGGUAUAGGAGGUGGUGAGAGGAAGGAAUCCAAUAGGGAUGGACAGCCUGGGGAAUUAAUAGAAGAUGCAUAGGGGGCCCUGCAUUUUUGUACUAUCAAAAUCCAAUCCAGAUGUUGGUUUGCGAAAUUCUAUGUAUAAUUCUGUUUGUUUUUGGUAGCCUAUUUAUUCCUGCGGGUCUUGGAGGGUGUUUUUCUUGGAAUUGAUAAGGAUGGAGUUCUAGCCCGAGGGCGAUGUUUUUGUUGUGGGAUUGUGAGAACUUUUGGCCUAUCGAUGUAUUGCAAGCCGGUAUGAUUUGAUGAAGUCCGCUUUUCGUAUCGUUAUGGAGUGCAAGGGUUCAGCACAUCUUCCCCACCUGGAGAACCCUAGGAGUAUCAUUUUAGACCUCAC